AUGGUGCAAUCUCGUAUUCUUUCCCUUGUUUUAGUCCUUGUGACCAUUGCCUCCAUAUUUUCCACAUUUGCUGAAGCCAAUAGAGGUUUUGGCUGGGGUUGGGGCACGGGCUCCAACCAUUCAAGAUCUGGCGGCUCGGGUUGGGGGUCUAACCAAAACGGCUCAAACUGGGGCUGGGGUUGGGGUUGGGGUCCUAACAACACAUACAACUCAGGAUCUGGCGGCUCGGGCUCGGGGUGGGGAGGUCCUAAGAACACGAACAACUCGGGUUCGGGCUGGGGUUGGGGAGGUCAUUCAAAAGGCUAUAACACCACCUACAGUGCACCUAGAAAGAUCAUAGUCGGUGGAGACAAAGAGUGGACUUAUGGUGUCAACUACGCCGAAUGGGCUUCUAAGACUGCUCCCUUCUUUCUAAAUGACAUACUUGUUUUCAAAUACAAUCCACCAGCUCCGUUCACGCAUAGCGUCUACUUGUUUCCGAACCCAUUGAGCUACGAAAAGUGUGACGUGAAAAAAGGAAAGAUGAUAGCGUCUCCGAAACAAGGUGCUGGGAAUGGCUUUGAGUUUGUUCUAAAAGAAAUGAAGCCGUACUUCAUUUCAUGCGGCGAGCACGACGGAGCUCACUGCAGCAACGGGACCAUGAAGUUUACCGUCAUGCCCAUGAUCCCUCGUUGGUAA